AUGCAGAUCCAAGCAAUCGUACUCCUCUUGGUCGCCACCGUCUCCGCCUGGCAAUGCUUCGAUCAUGAUGAACACUUUACCACGAACCAUGCCCAGUUGGCUGAAGGCAGUGAUCCCAACAACCAGUGGGGAUACUGCCCAUCUGCCACGGGAUGUUGCGCCGAUGGAAAGACGUGGUACGCCUGCAAGAACAAAUGUGCAGGUGGUGCUGCCUGCAGUGUCUCUGGAGGCAGGACUUCUUGCUAG